GCAAAACUUAUCGUUUGGUGUGUAUUACUUUUAGUUCUGGUCAUCUUUAAUUGGCUGAGUGCAUUUUUAUAAAUGAACUCAGUCAAGGAAACAGGACCACCAAGUUUCCAAUACUUCUUAUCGCAAGGUAUUGCCAGUUGGGAUCCAGAACAUCGAGCGAAUGACGUUCCUGCCGGUACUGACUGUCUACUCCGCAUAACCAAGGAUUUACGUUCUAUUUGCAAUGAUCCAGUUCCUGGCAUAUGUGUAGUUCCUGAUAGUGAAGAUAUGACGAAAAUUUAUGCUUUGAUCACAGGGCCUUUUGAUACUCCGUAUGAAGGGGGUUUCUUCUUGUUUCUGCUACGAUGCCCACCUGAAUAUCCGCUUAUGCCGCCAAAGGUGAAACUGAUGACUACUGGAAAUGGUACCGUGAGAUUUAAUCCGAAUUUCUAUUCCAAUGGAAAGAUUUGCUUAAGUGUUCUUGGUACAUGGCAAGGUCCUGAAUGGACACCAGCACAAAGUUUAUCCUCAGUUUUAAUAUCUAUUCAAUCAUUGAUGAAUGAUAAACCAUAUUACAAUGAGCCUGGAUUCAGUAGAGAACGUAAUCCAGGUGAUGCACAACAAUACAAUACAAUCAUUACACAUGAAACUAUUCGAUGUGCAGUAUGCGAUGUAUUAGAGCGUCGUACAGCAUUUCCAUCAGAUUUAUAUGCUGUCAUGGAAUCAAGCUUUGAAGAUUAUUAUGAAUAUUAUGUUAGUGUAUGUGAACAGAAUAUGCAUUUAUCAGGUCAACGUAUGAUUGAUCCAUUUGAAGAGGAACGAGGAAUAUUCGAUUAUGCUGAUCUUUUAAAGCGUUUUAAAAGCUUUGAAUAGUAAAUUAAAACAAAAUUACACUGCGAUAGACGGGGAUAAUAUGGUCAUGAUGACUGAAGAAAAAUAAUGUUACCUGUAUACAAUCUAAUGAAUGUAAUCCAUUGCAAUCGAAUUUCCCUAGUGAUAUAAAGGAGCUUGGUUGUUUGUUGCCGCAUAUAUUCAUAUCACUGAAAAAAUUCUAAAUCCAUUAGAAUUUAUUUUUAUGAAUUCUAUCAUAGAGUUUACUUUUGUUAACGGAACAGUCAGUUGUUU